GUGCGACCUCAGAGCAGCCUCUUUCUGCCUCCCUCGGAUGGCCGGCCUCAGCUGGUAAUCCAGGCCGGUCCCACCUGUCGCCGGCUGCCGCCACCGCCGAGAGCCUGCGAUCCCUCCCUGAUGGCUCCCCCGCCCGAGGACCCAGGGCCUGGUCUGGCGAGUGGACUGCCUUUCCUGACCAUCAACAUUCUGCCUGUGGUGGAGCGAUGUAUGAGUGCCAUGCAGGCAGGGACGCAGAUGGUGAAGCUCCGCGGCAGCUCCAAGGGUCUGGUCCGCUUCUACUUCCUGGACGAGCACCGCUCCUGCAUCCGCUGGCGGCCGUCACGCAAGAACGAGAAGGCCAAGAUCUCCAUCGACUCCAUCCAGGAGGUGAGCGAGGGCCGGCAGUCUGAGAUCUUCCAGCGAUACCCCAACGGUAGCUUUGACCCCAACUGCUGCUUCAGCAUCUACCAUGGCAGCCACCGCGAGUCGCUGGACCUGGUCUUGCCCAGCGGUGACGAGGCGCGCACCUGGGUCACUGGCUUGCGCUACCUCAUGGCUGGCAUCAGCGACGAGGACAGCCUAGCCCGCCGCCAGCGCACCAGGGACCAGUGGCUGAAGCAGACGUUCGCCGAGGCCGACAAGAACGGCGACGGCAGCCUGAGCCUCGGUGAGGUCCUGCAGCUGCUGCACAAACUGAACGUGAACCUGCCCCGGCACCGGGUGAAGCAGAUGUUCAAGGAAGCGGACACGGAUGACCAGCAGGGGACACUGGGCUUUGAGGAGUUCUGCGCCUUCUACAAGAUGAUGUCCACCCGCCGGGACCUCUACCUGCUCAUGCUGACCUACAGCAACCACAAGGACCACCUGGACGCCACUGACCUCCAGCACUUCCUGGAGGUGGAGCAGAAGAUGACAGGGGUGACGCUCGAGAGCUGCCGCAAUGUCAUCGAACAGUUUGAGCCCUGCCCAGAAAACAGGAAGAAGGGGGUGCUGGGCAUCGACGGCUUCACGAACUACACGCGGAGCCCAGCUGGCGACAUCUUCAACCCCGAGCACCACAGCGUGCACCAGGACAUGACCCGGCCGCUGAGCCACUACUUCAUCACCUCGUCCCACAACACCUACCUCGUGGGCGACCAGCUCAUGUCCCAGUCGCGAGUGGACAUGUACGCCUGGGUCCUGCAGGCUGGCUGCCGCUGCGUGGAGGUGGACUGCUGGGACGGGCCCGACGGGGAGCCCAUUGUGCACCAUGGCUACACUCUGACCUCCAAGAUCCUCUUCAAAGAUGUCGUUGAAACCAUUAACAAAUAUGCCUUCGUCAAGAAUGAGUACCCAGUGAUCCUGUCCAUCGAGAACCACUGCAGUGUCAUCCAGCAGAAGAAGAUGGCCCAGUAUCUGACUGACAUCCUCGGGGACAAGUUGGACUUGUCAUCAGUGAGCAGCGAGGAUGCCUCCAUGCUGCCCUCUCCACAGAUGCUCAAGGGCAAGAUCCUGGUGAAGGGCAAGAAGCUCCCAGCCAACAUCAGCGAGGAUGCUGAGGAGGGUGAAGUGUCUGAUGAGGACAGCGCAGACGAGAUCGACGAUGACUGCAAGCUUCUCAACGGGGAUGCCUCUACCAAUCGGAAGCGCGUGGAAAACAUCGCCAAGAGGAAACUGGAUUCCCUAAUCAAGGAGUCGAAGAUUCGGGACUGUGAGGACCCCAACAACUUCACCGUGUCCACGCUGGCCCCGCCUGGGAAACUGGGGCACAAGGCAGCGGGCAAAAAGGCUGAGGAGGACUUGGAGUCUGGAGAGGACGCGGGAGCCAGCAGACGGAACAGCCGGCUCCUCAUGAGCAGCUUCUCUAAGCGCAAGAAAAAGAGCAGCAAGUUGAAGGCAGCGGCCAGCGUGGAGGAGGGGGAUGAGGACCUGGACUCCCCAGGCAGCCAGAGCCGAGGGGCAGCCCGGCAGAAGAAGACCGUGAAGCUGUCGCGGGCCCUCUCAGACCUGGUGAAGUACACCAAGUCCGUGGGCAGCCACGAUGUGGAGACGGAGGUGGCGUCGAGCUGGCAGGUGUCGUCCUUCAGCGAGACCAAGGCCCAGCAGAUCCUGCAGCAGAAGCCGGCGCAGUACCUACGCUUCAACCAGCACCAGCUGUCCCGCAUCUACCCCUCUUCCUACCGCGUCGACUCCAGCAACUACAACCCGCAGCCCUUCUGGAAUGCCGGCUGCCAGAUGGUCGCCCUGAACUACCAGUCAGAGGGGCGGAUGCUGCAGCUGAACCGCGCCAAGUUCAGCGCCAACGGCAACUGUGGCUACGUGCUCAAACCCCAGUGCAUGUGCCAGGCUGUCUUCAACCCCAACUCCGAGGACCCGCUGCCUGGGCAGCCCAGGAAGCAGCUGGUGCUGCGGAUCAUCAGCGGGCAGCAGCUCCCCAAGCCGCGAGACUCGAUGCUGGGGGACCGAGGGGAGAUCAUCGACCCCUUCGUGGAGGUGGAGGUCAUUGGGCUCCCCGUGGACUGCAGCAAGGAGCAGACCCGCGUGGUGGAUGACAACGGAUUCAACCCCAUGUGGGAGGAGACCCUGGUGUUCACGGUGCAUAUGCCAGAGAUUGCGCUGGUGCGCUUCCUCGUCUGGGACCACGACCCCAUCGGGCGCGACUUCAUCGGCCAGAGGACACUGGCCUUCAGCAGCAUGAUGCCAGGCUAUCGGCACGUGUACCUGGAGGGGAUGGAAGAGGCCUCCAUCUUUGUCCACGUGGCCGUCAGUGACAUCAGUGGUAAGGUCAAGCCGGCUCUGGGCCUAAAAGGCCUGUUCCUCCGAGGCCCAAAGCCCGGUUCCCUGGACAGUCAUGCUGCUGGGUGGCCCCUGCCCCGGCCCUCCGUUAGCCAGCGGCUCCUGCGACGCACCGCCAGUGCCCCAACCAAGAGCCAGAAGCCCGGCCACAAGGCUUUCCCAGAGCUGGUCCUGGGCACACAGGAUGCAGGCUCUGAGGGGGAGGCCCGUGAUGUGGCACCCCCCAGCCCUGGCCCCACUCCGGAGGCCCUGGCCCCGGAGGAGCCCUGCAGCUGCAGCCCCCGAGGUAAGGGGCCGGCGGAGAGGAGCCUGGCGCAGGGACGGCCCCCGCGUGCCCCCGAGGGCCCCGGGCCUGCCGGGAUGGCCGCCACCUGCAUGAAGUGUGUGGUGGGCUCCUGCGCCGGCGAGGAUGCUGAGGGCCUGCGGAGAGGGCGGCUGCCCAGCCCAGGGCCCUCGGGCGAGCACACGGCCAUCAGCCAGCAGCCCCGCGCCCGGGUGGACUCGCUGGGGGCUCCCCGUGCCCCGGGGAGAAGCAGAGGGGCCCCCAAGGGCCCUGGGGCCCAGCGGCAGGGUCCGGGAGGCAGCGGCUCCAUGUCCUCAGACUCGAGCACCCCGGGCAGCCCCGAGGGGGCCCCCCGCUGGCCCGAGGGCGCCCGCAGGCAGGCGGGGGCCCUGCAGAGGGAGAUGAAUGCCUUGUUCGUUCAAAAGCUGGAGGAGAUUAGGAGUAAAUCCCCCAUGUUCUCCACGGUUAAGAACUGAGAGCAGCCGAGCUCCAGGUAACGAACGGC